CAUUUCUCACGCGAGCAUAGCGCACUGUCAGACACUGUUGCCAAACAUCACGAUAUUUGCAGUGUUCAUGCCACUACUUGUACUGUUGCAAAGUAAUUGUCAUGGCUUCGGAACGAUACAGUUUUUCGUUGACGACUUUUAGUCCGUCGGGCAAAUUGGUGCAGAUAGAAUAUGCCUUGGCAGCAGUGGCAGCUGGUGCACCAAGCGUAGGUAUCAAGGCACUGAACGGCGUUGUCCUUGCCACUGAAAACAAGCACAAGUCCAUUCUUUAUGAUGAGCAUAGCGUCAGUAAAGUUGAAAUGAUCACCAAGCAUAUUGGCAUGGUCUAUAGUGGUAUGGGUCCAGAUUAUAGAUUAUUAGUAAAACAAGCUAGGAAGAUGGCACAACAGUAUCUCUUGGUCUAUCGGGAGCCUAUUCCUACUGCCCAACUUGUACAACGAGUUGCAAUGGUUAUGCAAGAAUAUACACAAUCUGGAGGUGUCAGACCUUUUGGAGUAUCUCUUCUGAUCUGUGGUUGGGAUAAUGAUAGACCUUAUUUAUUCCAAUGUGAUCCUUCUGGCACAUACUUUGCGUGGAAGGCAACUGCUAUGGGUAAAAAUUUUAUCAAUGGCAAAACAUUCCUCGAAAAGAGAUAUAGUGAAGAUCUGGAAUUGGAUGAUGCUGUUCACACUGCUAUUCUGACAUUGAAAGAAGGUUUUGAAGGCCAGAUGACUGCAGAUAAUAUCGAAGUUGGCAUUUGCGACGCGAAUGGUUUUAGAAAAUUAGAUCCCUCCAAUGUCAAAGAUUAUCUUGCCAAUAUUCCUUAAGCUUAAAUUUCUUAAUGUAUUGUCGGCAUGUAACUUCGUAAUUGAUUAAUAUCUUGAUAAAUAUGAAGCAAGUGUCUUGUAAUAAAUACUUUUGUUCAAAGUAAAACAAUGAUGGGAUACUUUCUUUUGGUUACAAAAUA